AGUUUUUCGGUCGAGUCACCAGACUUCCGGGUUGUCAUUAUGAUACGUCACGGUCUUGACCCUGCAAAAAGCUUCGUCAUCUCACAUAACAGCAGCGAAGAGGAGGUCUCCUGUACGUGCUUGUGAUCGGUGAAAACACAAUAGGUUGUUCAGCAUCAUGAGUCAGCGGACGGAGCGACGGGGUAUACAUGUGGACCAAUCAGACCUACUGUGCAAAAAGGGAUGCGGUUACUAUGGUAACGCAGCAUGGCAGGGCCUGUGCUCCAAGUGCUGGAGGGAGGAGUACCAGCGGGUACGGCAGAAACAGAUCCAGGACGACUGGGCCUUGGCAGAGAAGUUGCAGCGAGAGGAGGAGGCAGCGUAUGCAAGCAGUCACGGAGCACAGACGCAGUCUCAGCCUCAGUCCGCAGCUCCGCAACCUCACCCAGGCCACGCCUCGCUGGGACCCUUCUCCAAGUUCGAGGAGAAGAAAACCAAUGAGAAGACUCGGAAAGUGACCACCGUUAAGAAGUUCUUCAGCCCUUCAUCGCGCACUGCCCCCAAAAAAGAUUCCCAAGAAGGCAGGACACCCAGUCCGUCUCUUAGCCGCCAUGCUAGCUUCGAAACAGACCAAGUGUCCAAGGACUUUAUGGACUUCUUGAAAAACCUCCAGAAGCCGGGUCGGGAGAUCCACAAGCAGUCCCGAGCGUUUAUUGUGAACAUGUUGAGCAAAAAGGACCUGAGUGCUGACGAGCUGUCCGAGUGUGUUCAGGAUUUCUACCAGAACAUGGCCGACCGCUUGAUGAGCCACUUUAAAGGCUCUUCAGAGUCUGUGGAGCAGGUGAUGGACCAGGUGGAGAAGUUCAUCAUGACUCGACUGUAUAAGAGCGUGUUCUGUCCUGAAACCACCGACGAUGAGAAGAAGGACUUGGCCACACAGAAGAGGAUCAGGGCCUUACACUGGGUGACCAUCCAGAUGCUCUGUGUUUCUAUGGAUGAAGAAAUCCCAGAAGUGUCCGAGAAUGUGGUCAAAGCAAUAACAGAUAUCAUUGAGAUGGACUCAAAGAGGGUUCCUCGGGACAAACUUACCUGCAUCACAAGCUGCAGUAAACAAAUCUUCAGCGCCAUCAGGACCACAAAGAACGAGCCGGCCUCUGCAGACGAUUUCCUCCCCGCGCUCAUUUACAUCGUACUGAAGGCCAACCCUCCACGGCUUCAGUCCAACAUCCAGUACAUUACCCGCUUCUGCAACCCCAGCAGGCUGAUGACCGGGGAGGACGGAUACUACUUCACCAACCUGUGCUGUGCUGCGGCAUUUAUUGAGAAGUUGGACGCUCAGUCACUAAACCUUUCCCCAGAGGAAUUUGAGCGCUACAUGUCUGGGCAAGCCUCUCCGCGUAUCAACAGCUCUGACGGUGAGUGGCCCGGCGCUGGCACUGCACCAGAUGUGGCUGCCACUAACCCAGUCCUGGCUCAGCUCAAUCACAACCUGGAGCUGCUGUCGGGCCUCAGCAGCCGGCAGGAGUCGGUGAUGGAGGCUGCUCAGGGCCUGCAGGCUGACCUCCUCGCCUGGCCCGUGGCUGUGCAGAAGGAGGUGCACGACAUCCUGGAGAAAUACCCGCUAGAGAUUCUGCCUCGUAAGGUUUCUGCCAUCGAUGCCAACAACAUGGACAAUGACAACCUGCCACCGCCACUCACACCCCAGGUGUUUGCUGGGUAGUGGAGUUCUCACUUCAUUUUAAAUACAGAAAGGGUACUUUUCUGUCGUCUAGAGUCAGCUCAUUUCCUGGUAUUUCAUUUUAACGGUGACACUAAUCCUGAAGAGUUUGGAGCCUUUUCUUGCUGAGCUUGUUUUGCACCUCAAACACACACCAGUAUUUAUUUCAGCAAAAUCAGAGCAUGAUGGAGAUUAGUAUGCAGGGUUAAAAUACGCCGCCUCGUUCUGUCCCUGGUUUAUUUUGACCUUCAGAUUUGGGCCUGGACUUGCAAACCAUCCUGGGCUAUGAAAAACUUAAAAAGUCUAAAAAAAAAAAACAAAUCAAACUAAAAAUUUAAUAAAAUAGAAUACAAAUUGUUAGACUCAUUUAAAUUCCAUUUAUACAUAAAUAAUGUGUACAAACAUAAAAAAUAACAUAAAAUAAUUAUUUCUUUUACUCAGUAUGUAUUUAUGAAAUUUUAUGCUACUUUUAUUUACUUUUUAGAACUUUACAUAACUAAUCUUUGCUCAGCUGUGACAUGUUUUUAAAGAACUUCCAGUCAUGGAUCCCAUGAGCUGGUCCCACUCGUACUCACACUAUGCACUGACUGGACCGUUUUGACUUUUCUCAAGUUUUGAAUAAUUAUAGUGCUUAUCUUUUAAUAGAAGAAGUUCUGUACUUUCCUCUACUGUAGCUGUUUUUGUUUGACGUGUGUUUAUAGCAUUAUGGCAUUUUAAAUGGUCCGUACCACAGAUUUGAAGCUAUCGUAGCUUAUUUCAUUUUAAAGCUCCUAUUCCAUUUUUAUUUAAACUUUUUCUGUUGAAGUAAAAAUGCUUUAAAGUGGUUUGUUUUGUAGACAGUUUAAACCUUCGGUCCUAUUAGCAACCACACUGACAAGUUGGCUAACUGACUAUUGUAUGACAGUAUAGCUAGCUUACUUAAAUGCUUCAUUCAGCUUAUAGUUUAGUAAGCAUAUGAAUUAUGCUAGCAGGGUUUCCCGCCUUUUAGCCUGUUAGAUGUUACUUGCUAGCUAAGGACCUAUUGUCCCAAAAGCAGUCUAAAUAAAUGUAUGUAUGUUGUCAGAAAAGGAAAACACGUUUUUUUUAUAAUGUGUUAGUUGUAAAAUAAACACUGCGCUUAAUAAUCAAAUGUAACCUGCUUACAACACAUGAACUGCAGCUGAUGUUAAAAAAACUGUGUUAGCCUUUAAAAGCAUGAGGAACUGAUAACAAUAUAGAUCCUCUCAAAUAAAACAUAAACCUCUCUUUUGUUGUUGGCAACAACUUUGAGAUUAAAGAGAAUUUUGUCAGCCUAAACUCUUGAUUUUCAAAAGUAAAAGAUGAGAAAAUAAUAAUAAUUUUGAACUACAAUACAAUAACAAUAAUAAUAAUAAUAAAAUACACAACACCCUCUAAUGCAUAAAGUUCAUGUUAACCAGCUAAUGUUUAGUAUUAGCAUUAGGCUAGAUGCAUUAUUGUAACCUGUUGUCUAUGUGAAAAUGAUAAUGUAGGCUGCAGAUGUCUUUAAAAAAGACUGAAGAUGAAGUUUUUUCCAGUAAUACUUGAAAACAUUCAUAUAUUUCACUACUUGUGUGACUUUUUUGAGUUUCCAUAUCAUGUGUUUUCUUUCACAAACCACAUUUCAUGUUUUGUGCAGAUGCAGGUAACCCACAAAGAAAUAACAGGUUUUUACAACAGUUCUAAACUUGUACUGUAUGUUUAUGAAGCGUUUGAGUUUCUGUUUGAGUUAUAGAAACAUUAUUCCAUUUCUUGUUAUGCCUUAUACUUUAUGCAACGCUCUUUAUGUGUUUUUUUUUUUGUCCAGCUGUAACGAAUCUAGAGAAAAAACACUGAACCACUCCUGAACAACUUCACAUUUUUCUCACUCUCACCAUCACUUCAACUUGAAAAGCCUUUUUGUUUUCACUGUACUGUAUUUUGCGGCGUGUUUAAGGAGGCUUUCUGUAUGUUUACUUCUAUAAUAAAUCACAAUGUUAUACCCCAAGGUAUGUCAAACAUUAAUAAGAAAAAUGUAUUCUUUGUCAUUUUCUGAUCUAUUGUAUAAAAUUAGUUUGAAAAAAAUGAUUGCCUGCUGAAACACUGCUGCCCUACUCCUGGUUUUUGUACGUGUGUGCAUAGAUGCUGUGUGUUGAUUCAUUAAAUGACUAAAAGGAAAAA